AUGUCAAAGACUUGUAUCAUAUGCUAUACAAAUAUUGCUACCAAGCCUAUUUGUUGCAGUAAGCCAUUUUGAAGCCAAUGAUUGACCAACUGGGCCCACACAAGAAUUGUCUAUGAUAGGAUCAAAAGAGAGAUUAACAUUAAGUGCCCAUAUUAUGAUUGAGAUAAAAAUUUAGCACCGAUCGAUCUCAUUCACGCUCUUGGUGUAAAUGAAUUUGAAAAGAUCAAUAAUCUCUACACCGAGCUUUACAUCAGCAGUACUACUGAUGUCAGGAGGUGUCCUAACCAAAACUGAAAAUAUGCUGGGUUCGUAUCUUUUCAACAGUGUGAGGAGCCUUUAGAAUGAGAAAAUUGCUCACUUACGUGGCAUGAAUACGAACACCUGAGCUCUCUCCAAAAAUUAUCAAGGUCUUUAAAGGAUUUUAUCUCCUUAAACUCAGACAGCUUCUCGUAUAUAAAUGAGGUCUUGACAGGCUCGCCCUGCCCCACCUGAGGGAUGGUGAUUUGGAAGGAAGGAGGAUGUAAUCACAUGGCUUGACAAAAAUGCAAUCAUGAGUUUUGAUGGCAAUGACAUGGCGAUUAUUCUGGGUAUAAUCAUACCAGCACAACCUACUGCAGCCUCAGAAAACUGAUCACAUUGACUCUAACUCUCCCAUUUUUGUUGAUUCUGUGAGCCAAUCUGGGUAUGAAAAUUCCAGGGCUUGGGUGGCUCAUACAUUUUAUCCUAGAAAAGAUUUUAAUUUUUUUAAUUCCUCAUCUUCUUUCGACUCUAAACUUGGUAAAGUUUUUCAUGCUAGCAUCGUUGAUUCAUUGCGCAAGCGAGUAUUCAAACUUUUGGAGGAAGAUACUGCAGUUAUUGAAAGUUCCUUUAUUUGUUAUAGUUAUGAUAUCUCCUUUACAGUGCGAAAAUUAUCAAAAUUCCCAAGAGUGAGACGUAGCCAAAACCUUGUGAUGGCAAUUUUGGGUUUGGUUCACAGCCAUUUGGAUUCUUGGAUCAGCUCUAAGUGAAAAUUUGAACCAAAUUUACUCUCUAGAGUCUGAAGAUGAGUUAUUCUUGGCCGACUUAAAUCCUCUCGAUUUCCCAGCAGGACUUGGCGGCAAGUGAGAUUUAAAGUAGGAAAUCUAAAAACCACUCAGUGAAUCUGAGAUC